GCCCCUUUAAGACUCGCUCCAGGAGGAAACAGGAAGCUCUGGGCCAUGAACAUUUAACACAAAGAAACAAAAACGAAAGAAAUUGUGUGACAUGGCGGGGAUUAAAGCUCUGGUUAGUUUGUCCUUCAGCGGUGCCCUUGGGCUGACCUUUCUGUUUCUCGGCUGUGCGUUGGAGCAGUUUGGAGUCUAUUGGCCUCUGUUAGUGGUGAUCUUCUAUGUGAUCUCGCCGUUGCCGUACUUCAUCUCCACUAGGCUUGGAGAUGACACUGAUUCCUCAAGCAAUACAUGCAGGGAACUCUCACACUUCCUCACCACGGGGAUUGUGAUCUCAGCUUUUGGGCUGCCUGUUGUACUGGCACGCGUAGAAUUGAUCAAAUGGGGAGCCUGUGGCCUGGUGAUGGCGGGAAACGGUGUCAUCUUCAUCACCAUCCUCGGUUUCUUCCUGGUGUUCGGCGGCGGCGACGACUUCAGCUGGGAGCAGUGGUAAAGCCGUGACCAAGGAGGGGUUGCCAGAUUGAGAGGAAAUCAGAUAUUUGCUUUUGUAGAGGAGAGGGAAGUGGGUGAAAUAUGGGAAUGUUAAGGCCAAGCUUCACUAGUAAUGUUAAUGGAAGUGUUGUUGAGGGAGGGAGAGGGAUGGGGAAAGAAUGAAAGAACUUCAGUGUCCCUCGUGUGUUUCUGAGUCUCGAUUUAAAUCAUCACACUUCUUACUAUAACUGACAUUAAUUUCUGGCCGGGUUAAUGUAGAACACUUCACAUAAGAUUUCACACUAGAUUCAUAAUCAACUCUUAUUUUCAAAUCAUUGCUUUAAUAUUUGUGUUCUUUUACUUUUUUUAAUAACUAUAAUCACAUGUUUACUGAAUUCAAAUAGUUAAAACAGCUAGAACAUUCCAGAUAAAUCCCCAAAAAAGUUACACAAAUGUGGGUACAUUUAAAUACAAAAAUUUUCUUUAAAAACACUUGCUGACGUAAAGCAUAAAGGAUCUCUAUGUCAAGACAAAGCUUCUGUCAUAUCAAUAUAUCAAAAGGAAAAAAAAUCUGGACCCCUCACUGCCCUUUAGCCAUAAAGAACUCCUUUAUAAUCUAUAAUUCAGACAUGUUGGCUUAACAAAGCUUCUCAUUGAGGCUUAUUAUUAUUAUUCCAUUCAUACUUUCUUGCCAUGACACACAACUCUGGCUUCUGGUUAACGUUCCUUGUUCUGAGUGAAUGUAAAGAUAAAUGAGCCGUCUCUGGUUAGCUUCGGGCUGCUAUUCUGGAUUUCUGUCCAUGUUUGUCUAACUCACAUCUAUUCAUCUUUCAUCAUUCAUCUUUGACUCUACAAAAAUAUGUGCAUUUAUUCAUGCUACAACUCGUGACCAUGAAUCAAAUUCAAAUGACUGCGUACUUUUAAAUUCUUUACUGAUUUAAAAUGAUUUUUUAAACAAUUCUUUACGACGUACCUUUACACCGUGUAAGAAAUUCAAAUUAGUCUGAUAGAAAGGCCUUUUCACCAUGAAUCAAAUUCAAAUGACUCAUAGAAAUGAGCCUUUAAUAAACCAAUACAUCAUAUUUAAAUGAUUUAUGUAUGUGAAUUUAAUUGAAAUAACUCUGUAAAUGAUUCUUCAUCACAAUUAUAGUUCACCUUUAAUGAAUGAAUCUUAAAUGACUCAUAUGGCAUACCUAUGUUUAAACGAAUGAACCAAUCUCAAAGGAAGCAUGCAGACAGUUUCGGAGUCAUUUAAAUUUGAAUCAUAGAGUAAAAAAUCAUUGAUUCAUGCAUGCUGUAUCAAUGAAAUUUAAAAUUUGAUUCAGAAAGUAAAGGCUCAUUUCUGUCGGCCUCAUCUGCAUUUGAUUCAUUUACACAGUAACAGAAUCAUUUGCAUUUGAUUCAUAUACACAAUAUCAGAAUCAUUUGUGUUUGAUUCAUGUUCAAAGUAUUAGAAUCAUUUGCAUUUGAUUCAUGUACACUGUAUCCAAAUCAUUUGCAUUUGAUUCAUGUACACAGUAUCAGAAUCAUUUGCAUUUGAUUCAUGUACACUGUAUCACUCAUAUGAUAAUUGAUUCAUUGGAAUGAAUUCACCACAGACAAGUGAAAUAUCGUAAAUUAUAACCCGUCCACUUUGCUAAUAUAAACCGAUUUUAUUUUACGUUCAGUUUCUUUAACCUAACCUUAACCUUAAGGCCUUAACAUCCUUUAUUUACAUAAAAACUACCAAAGCUCAAGCCUUCCUCCAUCACCAUCAUCAUCAUUAAGUGUAUUUAAUAUACUGUAAACAGAGGAAGAGUAUUGGAGGGAAAGCCAUAGCAAUUUAUACGUUUAUUAAAAUAUCAUGGGUGUUGGGUUUCACAGCAAAUAAACAAACAAAUAUAUAUAUAUAUAUAUAUAUAUAUAUAUAUAUAUAUAUAUAUAUAUAUAUAUAUAUAUAUAUAUAUGUAUAUAUAAUAUAUAUAUUUGCAGUUUUGUUUUUACCCACAGUUUACACAAUUCCUGUAUGUGUAUCUGAAUAUAAAUAUGAAUAUAUCAACUAUAUGAAGACUCGUCUCUGCAGUGUGUGAAAUACUACACGAAUAUAUCUCUUUUAUCGUAAUGUGUAAAAACGUCACAUUCACCGCUAGGUUUGGUAUUGUAACAGGUUAAUCACAGUGUAAUUAUUAUUAUUUUCUCAUUUCCUACGUGUGUGUGUGUGUGUGUGUGUGUGCGCGCAAUUAAGCAAUAAAGCACUUGUAUUUUGA